CCUUUCCUACAGCGCCCAAUCUUGAGUACCUACAAUCUUACCUUACUACCUCACAUAGCAUCUUUAUCGAAGCCCCCAGGCUCACCGCGCAAGCAGGACUUGCAAUUCCCAAGUGACACAUUCUUUACGCUGUCUUUGGCACCACAGCCUCACCUCACCUCGAAACAAACUCAUCCGAAAUUCGAACAACAAUGGACCAACAACCAGAGAAGCGCAAAUACGCCGGUCCUACCGUUGGCCCUACCGUCGGCCCCAGCCCCGCGCCCGUCGAGCCGGAAGACGCAUCCAGCAAACGCCGCCGAGUCAUCGGCCCCUCCCUUCCUCCACCGGCGCAAACCAGCGCCAGCGACGACGACAACAACACCCACAAACCCAGCGCUACUGCCACCAACAACAACAGCGACAGCGACAGCUCGGACGACGACGACGACUUCGGCCCAACCCUCCCCCCACCAGCCGGCAGCGCACAACCCACCCAACCCCCACCAUCCACCUCCACCUCCACCUCCACCGCCACCACAAAACCAACAAAACCCACGCGCGACGCCUGGAUGCUCGAACCCCUCGAACCCUCCGACCGCACCGCACGCGUCGACCCUACCCGCCUAAAAAACCGACGCUUCCAGUCCGGGCCCCGCGCCGGCAACGCCAGCGCCUCUGGCGGUGGCGUCGAUGUAACGUGGACGGAGACCCCGGAUCAGAAAAUGAAGCGGCUUCAGGACGAGGUGCUGGGCGUGCAGGCGCCGCGGAAUCAUGAUUCGGGGGCUGGUGGUGGUGGUGGUGGCGGCGCAGGGGCCAAGCAGACUCAGCCGUCCAAGGCAAUGCAAGAGAAGAUUCAGCGGUAUAAUGAGGAGAAGCGGAGGGAGGACGCGGCGGCGCGCGAGAAGCAUAAGAAGGCCCACAAGGAGGAGGAGGAUGAUCCGAGCAAGCGGGCGUUUGAUCGCGAGAAGGAUAUGGGGCUCGCGGGGAAGAUUUCCCAUGCGCAGAGGCGGGAGAUGAUGAGUAAGGCGGCGGAUUUUGGGAGUCGGUUUUCGAGUGGGAAGUUUUUGUGAGGGAUGAG